AUGUGGUCUGUCCAGCUGUUCCUUGGAGCACUAACCAUCUUGACCAUGACUGUGUAUGUCCCAUCUACACAUGGAGAACCUUUUUUACUACAAGAUAAGCUGAAAUACAGACUAGAUGACACAGAGAACCGAGUGCUUCCUGAGAGAGAAGACACAAAUCAUGAGGACACACUGCUUACUCUGCUUCUUAAUAAGAAAUACGCGUGGCGGAGACCAGAAAAUAUUGACUGGGAGCUGGCGAAGAAAUUUGAAGAGCUUGAACAGCUAGAGAAGUUGAAGGAUCAGCUCUCAACUGAGGAAGGGACAGAGGUGGCCUAUGCCUUGGAAAGUCUCUCAGCAUCCCAGCCCAAAAAACGCGCCUGCUUUUGGAAAUACUGCAUCUGAAGGCUUGCCAGGACUGGAGGAUGAAGAUGAGCCCUUCCCCAAACUGCCUUGCUAGGUAUUAAUGUGUUAAGAGUUUGUUCUGUUCUCUCAUCACGCUGCUAACUUGGAUGCCACCCUCCAUGACCGCACCACAGUCAAGGCUAACAGGGACCAUGACAGGAGCUGGUAGCCAAAUACCAUGCUCUACUGUUCCCUCCUUCCAGGUUUGACCUACCAUAUCUUCUACUUGGAAGAUGCUCCCCAACUUCCCUUGCUGUCCUGUGUGUGCCAUUCAGUCUGCUGCCACUGCACACUCCUCCCCUUCUCGCCAGGUCCCCCAAGGCACCAAACACUAACUCAGCUCCCCUGAGCUGCAGCCUCUGCCCACAUCUGCAGACGUUGCUCAUGGUGGUGUCUGGGUUUCCCAUUGCUUCCUGCGAGCAGGUCUGUGAUGACCUCACACCCACUGCU